AAUAUGACAGAAAAAGAAAGAAAAUAAAAAUAAUAUGGAUUGGAUAAGAAAUGGUUAGAAAAAAAGCAUGAUUAGAGAGAGAAAAAGAAUGAAUGAAUGAAAAAAUGAGUGAAAAUGAAAAAUGAAAGGACUGGAAUGGGAUGAGAAAUGUUAAAAGACUUGAAAGAGAGAGAGAGAGAGAGACACAGACAGACAGACACGUUUGCAUGACUACUGCACCAAACACUUCCAGCAGUUCCCAGCAAGUCACCCAGACAGACAGACACUUCCCUUUCUGCUGCCAAACUAGAUAUGGAGGCGAUGGAGAAGAUUGGAAGAAGAAGAAGAGGAGGAGAGGAAGGCAAGGAGGAGGAGUCUUUGGAGGAGGGGAACAGGACGCCGCUUCUGUCUCCUGGCGGCGGUGCGGUGCGGCGGCGGCGGCGAGCCUUGGGGCCGCGCUACAAGCCAACGGACUGGGACGAGUCGCUCCCCUACGGCGGCAAGGUGUUUCUGGCGCGGCGGAAGUUACCUGACACCUGGCCCUGCGUGGCGCUACAGGUGCUGGUGGUGGCGGCGGGGCUGGGCCUGGUGUACUACGCGUGGUUCCACUCCGACCACAUGCACUUCCACUUGACGAAGGCCUACGCGCACCUCGGCCACAGGGAAGCUCAGGCCACCGUGGGACACAAGCUGCUGCACGGCAAGGGAGUUGAGCAGAACCACACGGCGGCAAUGGAGUGGUUCGGGCUGGCCGCUAAACAAGGUCAUCCUCAAGCCUCCUACAACCUGGCCGUGGGUCAUCUCCAGGGGCACACGACGCAGCUCAGGCCGGGCGAGGCCCAUCAAUUGAUCCGCCAUGCAGCCAUCCACGGCGUACCAGAGGCGGCCGAAGUGAUGGACCGGGUCUGUUCACGCGGCUACUGUGACGAGUAAGCCCUGCAGUCUCCCCUUCAGUGGCUCCGUUUUCUGUGGUGGUGGUAGUAGUAGUAGUAGUAGUAGUUGUAGUAGUAGUGGUGGUGGUGGUGGUAUUGUUAUUGUUUGUGUAGUUUUGUAUGGUUGUAUAAUUUUGGUUGUAAUAGUAGUAGUAGUAGUAGUAGUAGUAGUAGUAGUAGUAGUAGUAGUAGUAAUAAUAAUAGUAAUAAUAAUAGUAGACUUGUUAAUAUUUUCACUUAUGUUCGUUAUUUUAAUUUUUAUCAAUAAUUCGUGUUUUUUUUUAAUCUUUUUAUUUCUUCAUUUAUUUUAUUUCUUCUGUGUAUAUUUAUUUUAUUAUUAUUAUUAUUAUUUAUUUGUUUGUUUACCUGUUCACCUUGUUACCAAUUACCUGAUGAAAGCUUGGGAGUGAACACAGACACACACACACACACACACACACACACACACACACACAAACACACACACACACACAACGCAUCCACCGUGUAACUAACCACAACACACACACACACACAAACACGCACACGUUACCUUGGGUCCAUUCAUGUCUUCUCUCCCUUCCCUCCCUUUCUCCCUCCUCCUCCUCCUCCUCUUUAUCCCUUUCAGUUCCAUUUUUUCCUGGACUUUCCCUCAAUUUUCCUGUUUCCCUCCUUCCUAUCUCAUUCUCUCUCUCUCUCUCUCUCUCUCUCUCUCUCUCUCUCUCUCUCUCUCUCUCUCUCUCUCUCUCUCUCUCUCUCUCUCUCUCUCUCUCUCUCUCUCUCUCUCUCUCUCUCUCUCUCAUAUUUCCUCUUCUUCCUUCCUUUCUUCGUCUCUUCAUCUUUCCCCUUUCUCUCCCUCUCCCUCUCUCCCUCUUUUUGUUUGUUUGUUUGUUUUGUUUCCUUAUCGCUAGGGAAGUGUAUUCACCUUUUUUUGUCUCGAUUAGAAAAAAAGAAAUAAGAACAGUUCAUGACAAAGCUAUUAGUAACGUUCGUGCGUUCGUGAAAGAUUGUGAAGGUGAAUAAAUAAAAUAAAUAAAUAGAGAGGGAGUUUAUUGUGUGUGUGUGUGUGUGUGUGUGUGUGUGUGUGUGUGUGUGUGUGUGUUUUACCACCCCGAGGCAAGAGGGAAAGCGAAUAAGCCUGAGUGUGUUCGUGAGUUCGUGAAGGAUCAUUGAAGUGAAUAAAUAAAAAUAGAAAUAAAGACAGGGAGUUUAGAGAGAGAGAGAGAGAGAGAGAGAGAGAGAGAGAGAGAGGUAAUUAUAUGACAACACGAAUUGAAGGAAAAAGAAGAAAAAAACGGAGGAAAGAGGAAAAUCACUUACGAAUUAGGGAAAAAAUAUAUAUUAAAAAAAACUCGUUCCUCACUAGCUUUAUUGACUACAGAAAACUAGAAAAAAAUAGGCUUUGUGUUACUCCCUAAAACGUGACAUAUAAAAAGUAAUAAAUAGUAAACAUCCACCUCUUUGGAUUCUUUUUAGGAGCAGCGAGUAGCGGGCUUUUUUUUAUUAUUGUUUCCUUUUUUGUGCCCUUGAGCUGUCUCCUUUGUUGUAAAAAAAAAAAAAAAAUGGUACAUAAUAUUACACAACAAAAAAUAAAUUAGAAGUGACAAUUCCUUCAGCAAAAAAACAGAAAAACAAAAAUAACUAACUAGAAAAAAACUAUAGGCUUUGUGAAACUCUCUAUAAUGUGACAUAUAUAAAAAGUAAUAAAUGGUAAACAGUAGUAGAUAUAAUAUUACUAAACAAAAAAAUAGAUUCGAAGUGACAUUACCUACAGCAAAAAAAGCAAAUUACUAACAACUAACUAAUAAUUAACUAGAAAAAAUAUAGGCUUUGUGAAGUUCCCUAUAACGUAGUAAAUUGUAAACAGUUGUCGAGAUAAUAUAUACCUACAGCAA